AUGUCCGACUUACUCGAUCCAUCCGCGUUGCUGCACGUCCUGCAGCAGCAGCUUCUGCCCUCCACUUCCUCCUCGUCCUCCUCGUCGGAGCCCCUGCUGCGCAAUCCAUCCGAUGCUCUUGCAGCCAUGAUCCACACGAUCAUGACUCGCCUCGACUUCCGUCUCACCGGUCUAUCCGAAGAAGACCGUCUGCCGCCUUCACAGGAUGAUUCCGCCUCCUCGACGUCGAAUACGCUCCCCGAGACCUGGAACGCCAAGGGCCCCGACCACUACUGCUUCCGCUACAAACACCACCAGUCGUCGCUAGACUUUCUCAUCAAGAUCAUCAAACUAGGCAAUAAGGCUGUGAUCCAUGGCGUGGCGCUGCAAGGAACUAAAACCAGCACGAUGGAGGUCGUGUUGAGCGACUUCCUGUCUACGGCGUUUUGGCCUUAUCCGCAUGCCCAAGGAGGUGACACGGAGCCGCUGGUUAAUGGAUAUAUUGGAAGCUCGAGGUUGAAGGAUCUGGUGAGUGCGUUCAAGGCUCAGAUUCUGCAGCAGCUGGUGCCGGGAUUGAGGAAGGAUGGAUAUGUCGAGGAGGAAGGUAGCUCGAGAAGCGGAAAUAGUGGAUCGUCGAGCCAGCCCAGCCGGCCAAACAAUCCUUCUGGAGGAGCACAGCCGCGCUCACCAUUCGGCGGUAACCCAGACGACCCCUCCUACCCAUCAAACUACCCUCAACAACCUCCCUUCCGCAACCCUCUCAUCAUCGGCGACCGAGACCUGGAUCCAUUGGGCGGAUCCCCCCUCGCCAUGCCCCCACGUUUCGGCGGCGGCAAUGGCGGUUUCGCCCCACCACCCCUCUUCCCCGGCGGAGACACAGGCGGAGGGAUGUUCGUCGGCCCCAACCACCCUAUGUUCCGCGACCGCUUCCCAACCAAUACCGGUCUGCCCCCCGGUGCAGUUCCACCAGGUGCAAGGUUCGACCCCAUCUAUCCCGCAGGCACUGGACCGUUCCAUCCCGAGAAUCCUGAUGUAGGCGGUGCACGUCCGCAGAACUUCCCGUAUGGUAGUGGCGAACCGGACUGGGACGAGCUCGCACCACCCAGAGGCGAAAAUGCGUUCCCCGGCAGAGGAGGCCGUGGUGGCGGUCGUGGCGGGGGUGCAGGCGGACGUCAUCCUGAUACCAGCGGUUGGUAUGCGUAA